UGAAGAGAGGCCACAAUCAAUCUGACACUGAGCUGGAGACACACAACCUUCAGGGACACCGAAAACGCCACACACAACCUGAAGCUCUUUCUGAACUGCAGAGUGAUCUCUUGCAUCAGGAGGGUGUGGACGUGAGAGAAACACACAGGAGGAAGACACAUUGAACAGUGCUCUUCUCUGAGUGGAAUAAUCCACGGCUUUCCUGCACCGCUGUGUUUGUGUCUGUCAGCAGGUGCAAUGCCUGCCACGUCACAAAAACAGCAGGUGAGCAGCAGGGGGCGAUGCGCGGCUCUCCUGCUCCCUCUCCUUCUGCUAGCCGUGGCUCCAAUACCCGGGAACACCACCAUCAACAUCCCGUCCAGAUACAAAAUAAGAGACUUGAAAAGCCCCCCGGUGAUUACGGCCCAGCCAAAAUCUGUCACCACCUUUUCGGCUGAUGACAUCACGCUCACCUGUGAUGCCACUGGGAAUCCCCCUCCCACGUUCCGCUGGGUGAAAGAUGGUGUGGAGUUUGACCCCUCUAAAGACCCCGACCUCUCUGUAUCCCGAGAUUCUGGCACUUUUUCACUGACAGCCAAAGAUGGGCCCAUUCACCAGUACCAGGGCAGAUACAACUGCUAUGCCUCUAACGAGCUCGGCACGGCGGUGUCUAAUGAGGCUCGCAUCGUCACAGAGAACACUCCCACUCUACAGAAGGAGAAGAUCAUCACAAAAAAGGUGGAGGAAGGAGAGAGUGUGGUGCUUCCCUGUAAUCCUCCUAACGGCACUGUAGCUCCGGUCAUCCACUGGAUGGACAAGAAGCUGCGGCACAUUCAGCAAAAUGAGCGUGUGAUUCAGGGUCGCGAUGGGAACCUGUACUUCUCUCAUGUGACUGUGACAGACAGUAGAGAUGACUACACCUGCAACAUUCAGUUCCCCAGCGCACGCGUCAUCAAGCUCAAAGAGCCAAUCAAACUCACUGUUACUUCCUCAAACUCAGUGGUGCGGAACAGAAGACCACAGAUGAUGCGUCCCACUGGCUCCAGCAGCUCCUACCUGGUGCUCAGCGGACAAAACCUGGAGCUGGAGUGCAUCGUUCAGGGCCUCCCCUCUCCCAGUAUCCAGUGGAUCAGGAAAGAUGGAGUCCUGUCUGAGUCACGCACCACCAAAGAUAGCAAUGACAGAGUUCUGCGCUUUCAAAAUAUCUCAGAGACUGAUGGUGGCGAGUACCAAUGUACGGCAACCAAUCCACAGGGCAUGAGCACUCACACCUACAGAGUCACAGUGGAAGCUGCUCCGUAUUGGAUUAAAGAACCAAAGAGCCAACUGUAUGCCCCAGGAGAGACCGUCAAACUGGAAUGUAAGGCUGACGGCAUUCCCAAACCUGAGGUCACCUGGAGCAUCAAUGGCAUCCUACUUUCUGAUAUUGAUCCAGACCCCCGACGCAGCGUGAAACAUGGCGUUCUCACUCUGAAGAAUGUGGAACUCAGCGACACUGCGGUUUUUCAGUGUAAAGCAGCCAGUAAACAUGGAUCUGUCCUCAUCAAUGCCUAUGUCUAUGUUAUAGAGCUGCCUCCUCAGAUUCUGACAGAAGACGGCCUCAUGUACUCCGUGGCAGAGGGACAGACCACUGAAUUGGCUUGCGAGACCUUUGGAUCUCCUCUGCCCAAUGUCACAUGGGAGGGAGAGUCCUGGGGCGCUCUUGUAGCCAAUCAGAGGAUGAUUCAGUUAUCUGACGGUUCUCUACAGAUCAGUAACGCCUCGCUCAAUGACAGUGGCCAGUACACCUGCACUGUCAACAACAGCAAAAUCACCAUCACUGCCGAGCUCGACGUGCUCAAUAAGACAGUGAUUGUAAAGCCUCCUCCGGCUCUGCGAAUCCAGCGGGGGAAACCAGCGACCCUCACCUGCGAGUACCAGGUGGACUCCAGACAGGACCUCCCUCAAGUCCAGUGGAGGAAGAACAUGCAGAAGCUCACAGAGUCCUCGGAUUCAGACAAGUACAUGAUAGAUGAAUCCACCCUCAUAAUACCUGAGGUGGAAGAAGAUGAUAAAGGGAUUUAUACAUGUGAAGUCAUUACCACACUGGAUAUGGCUAAAGCUAGCGGCUCCAUCACAAUCGUCGAUCGACCAGAUCCUCCGAGCCAAAUACAGAUGACCGAACUUAAAGAACGCAGAGUCACUCUCAGCUGGACACCAGGAGAGGAACACAACAGCCCUGUACUAGAGUAUUUGAUUGAGUUUGAGGAGACGGGAUCUGACAGAAAGGAAUGGGAAGAGCUCAGCCGCGUGUCCGGCAGCAGCCAGCGAGCUACUCUUCCCCUAAAGCCCUUCAUUUCUUACCGUUUCCGAGUCAUUGCCAUCAAUGAAAUCGGCAAGAGUGACCCCAGCAUGGAUACAGAGGCCUAUUCCACACCAGCUGCUCCUCCAGACAGCAACCCUGAAGGAGUGCGCAGUGAUUCCGACGAGCCAGGCACCCUUGUCAUCACGUGGAAGGAGAUGGACAGGCGUAGCUUCAACGGCCCAGAUUUCCACUAUAAAGUAAUGUGGAGGAAAGUUUUGGGCAGCGGUCCAUCCUGGCACACCAAAGACAUCACCUCUCCACCCUUCGUUGUCACAGAUGUGGGCAACUUCUCAGCAUUUGACAUUAAAGUGCAAGCGGUUAAUGAGAUGGGAGAAGGUCCAGAGCCCAAAUCUGUUAUUGGAUACUCUGGAGAGGACUACCCUCUUGAGGCCCCACUGGAUGUGGGAUUGGUUCUGAUCAACAGCACUGCUAUUAAAGUGACAUGGGCGGCCGUGAACAGAGAAACCGUGAGGGGUCGUCUGCAGGGGUACAAGAUUUAUCUGACAUACUCGGGCCCAAAAGGCCAACACCUCAGACGGGAGCCAAAAACCACCUCUGUUGUGACGACAGACAGUAAUGAGGAGAAGAAGUUUUUGGGAGAUCUGCAACCGUACUCCCAUUACAAACUGGCUGUAAGUGUUUUCAACUAUAAAGGAGAAGGACCCCAGUCUGAAUCCAUCUCUUUCUCCACUCCAGAAGGAGUACCUGGUCCUCCAUCAUCUUUGAUGCUGGAUAGCCCAUCGGAAACAGAAAUGACAGUGCACUGGACUCCACCCAACCAGCCAAACGGAAACCUGAUUGGAUACAUAUUACAGUAUCAACAAUUUGAUAAUGAUGUCAGCCCUAUACAGGUGGUCAAGAUUAGUGACCCCACUGCUUCCCACUACAAAUUAAAACUGGACCCUCACAGCCGUUAUCGCUUCUAUCUGCGAGGAUACACGGCUACUGGAGAAGGACUGCCCAUCAUCAAGGAUGGAGCCACCACACUGGAUGCAGUUCCGCCCUCCGACAUUAGCAUAUCAACUGGAGAGACAUCCGUCAACCUGACCUGGGUGUCAAAAGAAAGACAGAGGAACGUGGAAUUCUUUAUUCAUUACCUGAGAAAGGAUGGCCCAGAAAAAUGGGAGAGAUCUGAAAAGGUGAACAGCACUCAGUCUUUCUACACACUGCAUGGGCUCCGGCCCGGAUCCCAGUACCGGCUGAAGAUCGACUUUAACAACACUAAAUGGGAGCAAGAUAUCCAGACUGCAGGAGCAAGAGUCAUGGAGGUGAGAGGUGGGUUUGUGACUGAGAGCUGGUUUAUUGGACUCAUCAGUGCCCUCGUGCUGUUGCUGCUGGUACUGCUCAUCCUGUGUUUCAUAAAACGAAGCAAAGGUGGAAAAUACUCAGUUAAAGAAAAGGAAGAAGGCCAGAUAGAUUCGGAAGCUCGGCCAAUGAAUAAUGAGGCUUUUGGAGAGUACAGAUCGCUAGAGAGUGACAAUGAGGAGAAGCGUACAGCCAGUCAGCCGUCUCUGUGCGAGGACAGUAAGCUAUGUACCGACGAUGGUCUAGACGACUACGCCAACAGCAACAGCGUGCAGACCGAGGUCAUCAUGGACGAGUCGCUGGCCAGUCAAAGCAGCGGAGUCCGAGAUGUUCCUGACGCCGAGACCCAGGAAAGUUCCCCUCUAAAUCCUGCCACAGCCAUCUCUCACCAUGGCCUGCCCAACUCUGCCGCCCUCCUUGACUAGCCGGGGCGAGCCUGAGACCAAACGUGGAUUCACACAUGUGCCCACCUAUUGCAACCGCUCAUGACUGACCAAAUAUUCAAAAACCCACAAUAACGAGACCUGCACACACAACAGAUGCCAAGAAACCAGAUGCACUGCUGGAACUUACUUCAAACGUAAUUGGACCAACACAACACUUUUAAGCAUUCGACCGACGUAUAACAAAUAGACUGCCAUGCUCGUUGUUUACAAAUAUUAUCUCUCAUUUUACAAUAUAAAAUAGGCCUUUUACAGUUAUACAAAUGUAAAAAGAACAUCUCCAGAAGAGACUUCUUUGAUAAUCCAAUGACACCGAGCUCCUGUUGCAGACGCCAAAUCAAACAUGGAAUCGGUUUAACCUGUAAGUCAAUAAGAAGCGUGGAAGGGAGGGCCUUCAAAUCCCGACUCUGUGCGUUGUACGAGCAUAUAGACAGCAUGAGCUGGUUAUACUGGUUGCAAAAUUUAAUCAACUGUAUUUUGUGCGUCUCUUCCAUUUAUUUUUAUUCUUUGAAGACUUGCCUGAAUCAUUUUUAUAAUUAAUUUUUUACUUAUUAAUUUAUUUUUUUACACAAGAUUCACUUUUGUGUUGUGUUAUAAAGGUGCUGUAAGCAAUGUUAGUCAUCGGGGAACGUCUCAAACUUAGCCACACUCAUUUCCAAAACCCUGACUCACAGUACAAACGACUCACUGUAUUUUUGCAAUGUCGUAAUUGCUGUCAUUUUGAGAUGUCAGUACAUGGCAUUUAAAUGGAGCUGUUUUUGUCCUCGAAUUCAGAAUUAUGCUUUUAUGGCAACACUAACAACAUUUAAAUAUAGUGCCUAAAUGAAUCUGUGGUGGUCCAGUGGUGUAGCAGCCCAGAAAAUUGUAAUUACCAGUUGUGCGAGCUGUGAACCCGUUUUACUACUGUAGUUGAAUCUGGUAAUUAUGGUAAUUCUGAUGACAUGAAUGGACCUAAAUAUUACAGUGAUUAGCAUGUUUAGCACUGGUACAUGCUUUAACUACACUGUUCAUAAUUCAAUAUGACCAAACAACUCGACUUAUUAAAAAAAUAUAUAUUUAAUUAGUGCCAAUUCAUUUGUGUGGACUUGUAAUUUUGAUCAAACCUAAAUAAUAAUCUUCAAAUCCACAUUUUUCACAAUCAACUUCAGAUCUCAUCUUUUUUUUUGCCAUUCUAUUAAAUUUGCUUAAGGCACCUUUAAGCCGUCUGUACGUUGAUCUGUUGUAAUAUUGUCGUGAUUCGAUUAAAAUACAUAUCGACGUCCCCUCAGUUACGAUUACAGAGUUCCAUAGUGUAAAUACAUGAGAUGCAAUGACUCUACGACAUAAGAUCGUUUAUAGCAAGCUGUACAUAUGAGCAUCUAUCAAUUAGCCAAAUACAGUAUUAUAAUCUUUCAUCAUCUCUAUUGGUUCCUGUGCCUGCCUACGACAACAUACUCACCACCAUCCCUCAUGUUUCUUUCUCCCUUUGUAUGUGUCUGUGUUUUUUUUUUCUGCAUUGUGUUAAACUGUAUUUAUCGGUUCUCUCUUGCAGUCCUGUUGGUUGUAAAGCCAUAAGAAUACACACGUAAGGUGCGUAGUUGUGAGGUCGUAUUGAGUUAGAUAGGGUUGUAAGAGAGUAAGUCACACUCACGGUUUAGUUCGGUUAACGUAAAAUGCAAUCAUGUAUUGGCUUGUGUCUUAUUACAGAGAAUGUAUGCUUUGUUUGGAUGGGAAUUGUUCCAUACCAGUAUACCAAAUAGCAUUUGUUCCUUUUUGUUUUUUGGGUCAUUCGAUUUAACGUUUGAUAAACAAAUAUAGCAGAUUAUAGCACUGAGAGAAUCUAUGGCACAUUUGGUAUUUCUCAAGACAGGGGCACAGGGGGGGAAAAAACUCAGAUGAAUGUAAAUAUAGCCCAAAAGAUUGUUUGUUAUGACGUUGGAAACAAUGUGUCGUUGAUUAUGUUUAAAGUUUUCAAAUUUGUUUUGAGUUUUGUAACAUUUUUUAACUUUACAGUAACUUGUUAGUUGUGAUUUGAGUGUGGUAGAUGAGUAGUGAAUAGUUUAAAAAAAAUGAAGAAAUAAAAAAAGUCCUUUGAUAAAUAAAUGUUGCAGAUUUUGAGAAAAAAGCUGAUUGGAUUUAAAAAAAAAAGCGUAUUAAAGCAACCGGCAAAACAUGAUUGCGCUUAUAGUUUCCCAAGUGCUGAAGAACGGCAGUAUUGUGUGUAUCUGAUUUGAAUCUAUUGCUGCAUAGAGGAGGGACGCAGUCAUCUUAUUUUCACACUGCACACACACACACCUCCAGGGAGCAAUAGAAAUGCGCUGACUCAGAUCUUUAAGAACACUGUCUUGCGGUGGGCUUUUGCAGAGAUUCCCAGCAGCACUGUGGGCUCGCUGUAAGGACCAGACUGUCUGAUCUGUGUUAGCUUCCCUCACACAAGCUGUACAGACACACUCAGGACAAAAGUCUCUUAGAGAUCUAUUUUCUUAAAGGAGGGGAAAGUGAUGCAAAUGAUAUUCAACUCAAUAUUCAACAAAACUGCUGCUAGACGACUUGUGUAUUUUGUCAGUGUCUCGACUGUGUAUUGAACUCGGAAGUGAAUCGACUCUCGGAUAUCCACUAUACUGCCCUCUACUAUCGCAACUAAAAGUGGGUGGGAGGGCACAGUUUAAAGCUCGACUAGCGAACGAACGUUGCCGUUUCUGUUGUUACUUGUCAAAUGUACGCAUUCAAGCUCAUAAUGCAUCUUAAACUGUAGGCUUAAUGCAUAAAUAAGCUUGACAUAUUAGUCUCUUAUUCCUCUUGUAUGUUCUGUUUGUUACUGCAUAUGAUGUGAAAAUAAACGAAGGACCAGAUGAAUGAGGCUGUGGAAUUGUAUUGGUCACGUUCCCCUGUGGUGUUUGUGAACUGGAGGGAUGGUAAAGGGGGGGAGGCGAUGUUAACUACAGUAGAUAUGAACUGGAUUUGGCUAUUGUAUCUGCAUCAUCAAUCAGCAGUGUAAGUAAAUGCUUCUUAAAUAAAAUGAA